AUGAAGGGCCGAAUCGUGCUGGUCUCGUGCCUCCUCCUGCUCUGCGCAGGGCCAGUCCUGGGAGAUGAUGACAAAAAGGAUAAGGAAAACGAACACAAGGAGGACGCAGAUAAGAAGAACAACGAUGAGUUGAAAACGCUCAAAGGGAAGCUUCAAAAGAUAAGGGUUCAAAUUAAGGAUGAUAAAUUACCCCAGAAAAUCAGCGAAGAGCAAAUUUCGGUAUUAAAGAAAAAGCUGGAGGACUUUAAAAACUUAAAAAGUGAGCAUGAGGCGAAAUUGGCGUCCGAGAAGGGGGAUACCUCUGCAGGAGGUGAGGGCGAAUUGGGCCUUAGCGAUAAGGAGUUCGUUGGGCAGAACGUCAAGGCGAAUGGGGACGCAGCAGGGGUGAGUGGUGAACAGGGAGCAAGUGGAGGCAGUGGCCAGGGUGAAGCGGGUCCUUCAUCACCCGCAGAUGAGCAAGAUGAUGACAAUGAGGCAGUUCAAUGGGGGCCCGCCACUGAAGAGGUUGUUGCAGAAGCGAUGAGUGAUGAAGGUCCACAAGAGCAAGGAGCGGAGGGAGGUCCAUCCAAUCCAACAGAUGAUCAAGCUGAAGAAGCUACUCCAGGGCCGAGUAAACCAGCUUCGGGCGCAUCGGGUAGUCAGGGAGCUUCGGAUAGUUCGAACGAUUCCGCAGAGCCCACAAGCGCAGCCGCAGCAGCUGCACCAGCCGGGCCAACCGCUGCAGCCGCUUCACCGCAAGUCAAGCACGUGGACACCCUGUGCGACGAGCUACUCGCAGGAGAGAAUAAAAAAAAUGUGCUGGACGAAGGAGAGGACCACAGCCAGUAUAACAUUUUUAGAAAGCAAUACGACAAGAUGGUCUUAAAUAAAACCGAAUAUAAUAUCAGCCUGAAGUUGCUAGACACUAUGUUGACGAAUGGUCAGGUGGAAAGGGAAAAGAAAAAUACGCUAAUAAAGACGUUUAAGAAAGCUCUGUAUGAUAAGCAGUACAGUGAGAAGCUUAGAAACCUCAUCUCCGGAGUUUAUGCAUUCGCUAAGAGAAACAACUUUAUUGAUGGGGACAAGGUGAAGGAGGGAGACUACAGCAAGUUGUUCGAAUAUAUAGGCUGCAUGAUGAACACCCUUGAGCUUUAG